AUGCAUCCGGAUCACAUUCCUUCGAGCCAAAAAGGCAAGCCUUGGCCAGCUUACUUCAUCGUCAGAACAACCGGCGAAGUAGUUCCUCUCAUUGCUGUCGAUGAGUUGCCUGUUGGGACGGAUAUUAUCGGCGUCCCUCGCAAGAUUGACUUGGAGAACACGAUUGGUAUGCUGAAUUUGGGGCUGCAGCGAAGCAGCGGCGCAUGCUACCAGCUUUUGCAUCCCCAAGAGUUGAAAAACCAAGCUGCCGGCGUCAGCAAGGUCGUCGUGUACGUUCCGGCGCCAGAAGUUUCCGCCAAGGCAUCGAUUGAUAAAGCAGCUCAACUGACAAGCCGCAGCAAGCAAACCGCGAUCCCCAGUCCCCCAACAACCCCAGCGAGGAACCACGAGCAACCACCCCCACCCGCACCACCACCACCACCAACAACAGCAACAACAACACUUUGCCGCCACUGGUGCCACCACGGUAUCUGCAAAUGGGGCCAGCAGUGCCGCUACAGACACAUCAUGCCGAUGUCGAACUCGGGCCUCCAGGAGGUCGGGCUAUCCGACUGGCCGGCUUGGUUCCGACGCAUGAACCCGGGCUAUUUCGCUGCUGAGAACCCCGAUCUCAGCCGUGGCGCUGCGGGCAAUGAUCGCGCCCCGAGAAGUAGACGGCCGCCGCCACCUGGGGCGAAGGUCUGCGGUAGCCUGGGCGGGAACGGUGGUGCGUGCUGUGGUGUUCUGCAUGGGCCUGGGGGUGGGAGGGAGAGGAUGAGACCGAGGGAGAGGGAGAGGGAGAGGGAGAGGGUUGGGGGGAGGGAUCGUGUGCAGAGGGGUGGGGGGAGGGUUGUCAAGGGGGAGGAGUUGGGGGAGCAGAUUAUUGCUCGGCUGAGGAGCGUGGCGGCGCGGGAGGAUCAGGGAAAGGGGGCCGCAGUGGUCGAGAAGGAGAGAAAGAAGAAGGAGUUGAGUAGUUGUGCGUUGGUUGAGAGGGCUGCGGCAAGGGAUACGAGGGGCUGGGAGGAGGAGAGCGAGGAGAGUGGUGAUGAGGACGGGCAGAGCGCAGCUGGUGAGGAGGAGAAGGGAGGGAAGGUUGCGAGGACCGGGAAGUUGGUUGAUGUCUAG